UGUGUGUGUGUGUGUGUGUGUGUGUGUGUGUGUGUGUGUGAACAGGUGGACGCUCCGGUCCGACGGGCUGCUGUUGUUCUCAAUACAAAGAGAGACGAUCCGGAGAGAAACGCUUCAGUCUGCGGCUCCAACGGCUCCAACGGCUCUAACGGCUCCAACGGCUCCAACGGCUCUUUCAGUCGGUCUGUGUGAGAAGAUGUCGGACGGAGGAACUGCGCAGUCAUAGUUUAAUGGAGCUGUAACCUGAACAGAUAUGGCAGCUGACGACAAGGUCGCCAUCCUGACGGACGACGAGGAGGAGCAGAAGAGGAAGUAUGUGUUGGCCGAUCCGUUCAGCAGCCGGUCCACGGAGCAGCAGGCCGGCGUGUCUGCGGCGCCGGCGCCCGCCUCAGACGGGCCACCAGAACAGCCGGCGCCCUCGAGCCCCGACUCCAUGGACUGCUGCGAGAGGAUGUGCCUCCGCAUCAACAGCCACCUCCUCAUCUCCAAAGUCUUCUACUUCUUCUUCUACGCUGCGUACGGCUCGCUGCACCCCCUGCUGGCGGUGUACUACAAGCAGCUCGGGUUGUCGGCGAGCCGCAGCGGGCUGCUCGUGGGCAUCCGAUACUUCAUCGAGUUCUGCAGCGCCCCCUUCUGGGGCGUGGUGGCGGACCGCUUCAAGAAGGGCAAAGCCGUCCUGCUGUUUUCUGUCCUGUGCUGGUUGGUGUUCAACUGCGGCAUCGGCUUCGUCAAACCGGCUGAGAUGACGUGCGUGGAGAAAGAUGUCGCCCCGACGACGACGGAGGCGCCGGCGAUGACGACUCUGCCGCUCCAGAACGUCACGCAGUUCAUCAACUCCACCAACCACACCAGGAUCCGCCGGAGCUUUCUAGACCUCCCUGGUUUUCCUGAACUCAUUGCCUCGUCUUUCAGCGUGCUGGAGAGACACGAGCGAAGCGUGGACGCCAACGCGACUUCGGCGGCUCCCUUCAAGCCGGCAAACACCACCCAGCACACGCCAAACACCACCAUCCCCACCACGACCACCACCACCACCACCACCACCACCUCCCCUCUUCGGCCCCAAAUCGUCUUCAACAAGGACCAGGUGGAGCGCAUCUUCCUGAUCAUCCUGCUCGUGGUCAUCGUUGGCGAGUUCUUCAGCGCUCCCGCCGUCACCAUCGUGGACACCGUCACCCUGCAGUACCUCGGCAAAGCUCGCGACCGCUACGGGCUGCAGAGGAUGUGGGGCUCGCUCGGUUGGGGUCUGGCCAUGCUGCUGGUGGGCAUCUGGAUCGACCACACACACGUCAAAGUCAUAAUCGAUAUGUGCGUCGUGCCCGAAUUCCGCCUCCACAACUAUCAGAUCGCCUUCAUCACGUUUGGCGUGCUGAUGGCCGUGGCGUUCAUCGUUGCCACUCAGUUUUACUUUGAAAAAAGCACCGACUACCGGCAGGAGCUUCCAGAGGGGGUGGUGGCGGAGACCCCGAGGGCGUUACCCGAGUCCUCGGAGCAGACUCCCAUCGGCCCCGACGCCGCUGAGGAGUUCCACUACAGCGACCUGCUGAAGCUCCUCUGCAGCGCUCGCUACAGCUCCGUCCUCUUCGUCGCCUGGUUCAUGGGCUUCGGCUACGGCUUCGUCUUCACCUUCCUGUACUGGCACUUAGAGGACCUGGGCGGGACCACCACCCUGUUCGGGGUCUGCUCCAUCCUGAGCCACAUCUCAGAGCUCGCCUUCUACUUCACCAGCCACAAGUUCAUCGAGCUGGUCGGACACAUCAGGGUUCUGUACAUCGGCCUGGCCUGUAACACCGCUCGCUACCUGUACAUCUCCUACCUGCAGAACGCCUGGACCGUGCUGCCCAUGGAGGUCCUUCAAGGUGUGACCCACGCCUCAGUUUGGGCAGCCUGUAUCUCCUUCCUGAGCGCCGCGGUCCCGCCGGCCCUGAGGACGUCGGCGCAGGGCAUCCUGCAGGGCCUCCACCUCGGCCUGGGCCGCGGCUGUGGAGCCAUGGUGGGAGGAGUGUUCGUCAACUACUUUGGCGCUGCAGAGACCUUCAGAGGGAUCGGCAUGGCCUCCCUCAUCAUCCUCUUCAUCUUCGCCUUCAUCCAGUGUCUCACUGGAGAGACAGAGGGGAAAGAGGACAAAAUGCUGGCUGAGAACAUCCCCGUCCCCUCCAGCCCGGUCCCCAUCGCCACCAUCGACCUGGUGCAGAGCCAGAACGCCGCCGGCAGCCCCGCCGUGGUUCGCCAGAACGCCGUGCUGCCUGUCAAGAAGACCAAACACCAGGAGGAGCAGGAGGACGUGAGCAGGCCGGCCUGGGUGCUCUCUGGUGCCCCCUGGGUCACCAUCGCCUUCGCCAUCCUCCAGGUCAGGGAGAUGAUGAAGAUGGCGAAGGACGGCGGACUGCCUCCAGAGACUCAUCCACUGCAGGUACCCGGUGAGCAGGCGUCGGCUGAGUACAAGGCGGUGGCGACGGCAAACAGAAACCCGAGCGACGACGGCUCAGAUCCACCAGCCUCGUCCUCUGAAAACGCCACCCACCCGGCACGCACAGACUCUUACGAGGACAAAGACCAAACGCGCCCAUCCUCAGACGGAGGGGGGCCUCGAGAUAACCCAGCAUUCACAGCAGAAAGCACAGGAUGAAUGUGCCUUCAGAAACUCUAACUUACACACACUAAGCUUCAAACUCUGUGUUACUGCAAGAAAAUCCAUCGUAAAAGUGUCGGUUUGUCUUGAAUUAGCCUUUAAAUCGGAGUCUGUGCAGCUCUCGUCGAGUACUUCGUGUUAAAACACUGUAUUUAUAUCGAUUUAUAUGAAACAUGUGGAAGGAAGAAGGAGGUAAUGUCCAACGUGGGAGUUUGGGUUGAAGGUCUGGAUGAACCUGGAGGUGCGUUUGAUGUCGAUUUCCCCUCAGAGGUGGUCGAAUCCAGCUCACCUCAGAGCACUGUCCACUACAUUUACUGCUCUUCCACCGGUGGACCCUUCAUAUAGAAAAGAAUAAUGUGCAUCUUGUUGCGUUUAUUAACUUAUUUUACUUAAAAAGCUUUUAAAAAAGUGAUGAAAUCUGAGAAAAUGUGGAUUAAAUUCAGCAGUUUGACUCAAUAACACGCAGCGGCUCAAAAGAACACAGAAACCAACCAGCACAUUUACCAGGAUCCGGUAUUCUGAAGAGACUUUUCCCUUGUAAUACAGACCGAGCGCUGUGGAUGAAAGCUCCAGAAGGAGCCAGUAAGUGGACCUUGAGUUGAGAUAACGCGAAGAGAUCGAAAAGAUUCAACCUUUUUUUUAAUGUUUUUGUGCUUUUAACAAGAGAGCAGCAGAUUGAUUGGAUCCACAAAGGUUUUUAAAUUGUUUGAGAGAAAAACAGAAAACGGUAACUAAAGGUCCACUUACUAACUUUUUCUUUGUUCGCUGAGUCGCGCUGUUUCCUCGCAGCUCUGUGGAGGUUUGAACAGUAUUUUAGGAAACCUUUAAUUAAUCUUUUAUCCGGGUUCACGUGACGGGAAGGAAAAGAUUUGUGAAACUGAAUUUUCAGAUUUCAAAACAAAAAUCUAAUAAUUUCUUGCGUAUUUAUAUAAUUAAGUGAAGUUUGAAGAAGUGCCUCUUUUAAACAUACUGUUAAUCACCAUUAGUCUUCUAACUUACCAUCAGAUGUCAAGCAAGGAACCCUUUAGUGUCCUACACUCCUACAGAAAUAUCUCCAGCACACAGCGGGACUUCUUAAAGCCUGAUUCCAAUAUUUUUGGAUGGUCGCUGCCAAUAGCCGACACUCUAUAUUUACUGUCUUUGUUUUCAUGCCAAACAAUUCCCAGUAUUGAGUGUUUUUUUUGUGUCGUCUGGGUGGAAAAACCCUCAGAAACAGAAUCAGACGAUCUGUUUACAGUAAAUUGAAUCAUUGAAAGUGUAAAGAAAUUGAAAUAUGUGGAGGGAGCCCUUUAUUACAGCCUCAGUGUACCUUAAUCUUAUUAAACGGACGUCUGACAAAUGA